AUGUACUGCGCAAUCGGACAAUGUCGAUGUUUGUCAACGUACAUUGCUGUUGAUGCUUACUGCUACGAACGCAUAUCGCCAUCGGAAUCUGGUUGCUUCUAUGAUGUCCAGUGUUCGGCUGUAUGGCCAGAUGCCUUCUGCAAGAAUGGGCAAUGUCACUGCCCUAGUCAAGACAUGACUGCUGUCAAGACAAGGGAUGGUAUGCUCUGCGUAUGGUCGAGCUCGACGGAUCCUUCCUGCCCACUUCCCUCGCUUCCACCGCCAGACUCUGCUGCCGCCUUGGUUGUCCUGCCAGCUCCAUCGGCUAAGAAUACAGUCAGCAUAGCGGCGUGCAAUCCACAAGCGUCAGCAGUCCCAUCAACGGAGGAAGUACUGAUAUCUCGGGCGCAGGAUUACAAAUGUGCUGUACGUGGAACGGUAGAAGAUCCAGCUCCAAGAGAUGUUUCUGAUCUAUAUGACUGCAUCGACAACAGUAAAUUCUGGCAAGGACAAGGUCUCGACAUAAAUAAGCACCCGAUUGGAGUUUGCUGUAUGAAUAGAGCAUUCACCUGCCUGCAGCCAAAGAAAGGCGAGUCAGAUCAGUUGGGUGCGGUGCCUCGAUGGUGGUUCAAUGGCGUUAUCGGUUCCUGUCAACAAUUCCUCUUCGACCCCACAUCAUCCGAUGUCAGCCCCAAUAAUUUCGAAACCGUGGAUCAUUGUGAAAGCUUUUGCAAAGAUGCUUGCCCACGCGGAAAUCCCGCUUACAUACCGAUGCGAACAGAUUUUGGGCAGAUUCCACAAGGUGGUUGCACCAUUAGCCAACCGUGUCCGGAUCCCUACGAAUGUGUUGACCUAGCCAGUCAAAGUCUAUGCUGUCCAAGCAGAAAGACCAUCUGUAGCGAAAUGGGUGGACGCUUGAAGAAUCCUCUUCGCAGUACACCGUACGACGCCGGUAUGCGCUUUGAUCAAUUGACUGGAGAGCAGGCCAAUUAUGCAAUUGGUAUUAGUACCAGGUACUACUACAACUCCAUCGAUGGGCAGUGCCAUCCGUUCACGUACAACGGCUUCUUGGGCAAUUUCAAUAAUUUCAACACUCAAGCAGACUGCCAGCUUUUCUGUGCACGAUUGCAAUGUCCCCAUGGAAGCCCACUGACUACCGGACAUGGUGUGCCGCAACGUUGCCAACGAGAUAUGGAUUGCCCAUCGACUCACACCUGCACAACUGAGCAUGCUGUUUGUUGUCCGACUCCGCAAACCCUAUGCACGGAACCAUUACGUGUUGGAGACUGCAAGCAAUCUGUGAGGCAAUUCUGGUACAACGCCGAGACUCGAACCUGCGAGAGCUUCCUUUACACCGGUUGCCAAGGCAACAACAACCGUUUCCAUUCAGUGAAUGAAUGCCAGAAAUUCUGUAAGAAUAUCAACGGUGAGCCAACCUUUCACUUUAUGUGUAUGGAACCCAAAAAGCUAGGCCGAAAUGCCAACUCUCAGGGCAGAGCCUAUGUGGACUAUUCCGGAAAGUUCCUACAAUGUGGUGAAGGAAUCGGUGGAAACGCUUGUCCAGCGAACUACGAAUGCAUUUUUGACGUAAGCAAAGGUGUCACUUGUGGAUCUGGCUCUAGCUAUCGUUUCUACUACAAUAAUCAUUUGAAGGUAAAUCACGUUGGAGUUAGAAGUUUGUGGUAG